UUCUGCCGCUGGCCAACCCAAAUUGAAUAUACAUAUAUGCAGAGCUUUCACUACAUUUCUUGCAUAUCUGUCUCCGCUGCCACCAAACCACUCUCACAAACCAAACCAAGUCAACUGUCGAGAUGGCUCUAUCACGCCUUACCUCCUCCUCCACCGCUCGAUCUUCAACCCUCCUUAAACCUCUAACCACCGUCUUUCUCCUCCGCCGUCCGAUCUCUACCGACACCACGCCCCUCAUUAUUGAGACUUCCGUCCCUUUCACGGCCCACAAUUGCGAAGCGCCUUCGCGCUCCGUCGAAACCUCUCCCAAAGAACUCUUCUCCUUCUUCCGCGACAUGGCUCUCAUGCGUCGGAUGGAGAUUUCCGCAGAUUCUCUUUACAAGGCAAAACUCAUCCGUGGAUUCUGCCACUUGUACGACGGACAAGAAGCCGUGGCUGUGGGCAUGGAAGCCGCCAUCACUAAGAAGGAUUGCAUCAUAACUUCUUACCGUGAUCACUGCACGUUUGUUGCCCGCGGUGGGACCCAGCUUGAGGUUUUUGCGGAGUUGAUGGGGAGAAAGGAUGGUUGUUCCCGGGGAAAGGGAGGUUCGAUGCAUUUUUACAAGAAAGAUGCCGGUUUUUAUGGAGGCCAUGGGAUUGUUGGGGCCCAGAUUCCGUUAGGAUGUGGGUUGGCUUUCGCGCAGAAAUACUCCAAGGAUGAAACAGUGACCUUUGCGUUGUACGGUGACGGUGCGGCAAACCAGGGGCAGUUGUUCGAGGCACUUAAUAUUUCUGCUCUUUGGGAUCUGCCAGCGAUUUUGGUCUGCGAGAAUAAUCACUAUGGAAUGGGGACAGCUGAGUGGAGAGCAGCCAAGAGUCCGGCCUACUACAAGCGCGGAGACUAUGUUCCAGGUUUGAAGGUUGAUGGCAUGGAUGCCUUUGCUGUGAAACAAGCUUGCAAGUUUACCAAGGAGCAUGCUCUGAAGAAUGGACCAAUUAUUCUUGAAAUGGACACAUACAGGUAUCAUGGUCAUUCUAUGUCUGACCCAGGGAGCACCUACCGCACACGUGAUGAGAUUUCUGGUGUGAGACAGGAACGUGAUCCAAUUGAAAGAAUAAGAAAGUUGAUUCUGUCACAUGACCUAGCUACUGAGAAAGAACUAAAGGACAUUGAGAAGGAAGUAAGAAAAGAGGUAGACGAGGCCAUUGCUAAAGCCAAGGAAAGUCCCAUGCCAGACCCUUCUGAACUAUUCACAAAUGUAUAUGUGAAAGGUUUUGGAAUAGAGGCGUGCGGACCAGAUAGGAAAGAAGUUAGAGGUGUGCUUCCUUAAGUUAGAACUACGUAAGAGUUUUUGAACAUUCUCUCUUUUUCCAUCCACAAUCUUUAAGUAACAAAGAAUAAAAGAUUUAUAAGGAAGAUGGUUAUCUCUCCUGGCUAUGAUUUUUAUUUUUUACCCUUUAGUUGUAUAGAACGUCUCGAUUCUUUUCUGGUUGGGGGGCAAAAAUGUUAACAUUUACCUUCUGAAAUCUUUUUGGUGAAUCUAUGAUUUGAUGCAUUAUGAUUGAUUGAGUAUAUUAAGCCUUGUGCUUCUGGAACAUAUGAAUAUUCUUCUCCCGGUGGUAUCCAUGGAGUUUUAAAGUUCA